AUGGACGGAUCCAAAAUUGUCAUUUUUACUGACACUAAGCGAGCCGCUGAUGAUCUUACGAGGAUGCUCAGAAUGGACGGUUGGCCAGCAUUGUCCAUCCAUGGUGACAAGAAGCAAGAAGAACGAGAUUGGGUUUUACAAGAGUUCAAGUCGGGCAAGAGUCCGAUUAUGAUCGCUACUGAUGUCGCCAGUCGUGGACUGGAUGUGAAGGAUCUUCGUCACGUUAUCAACUACGAUUUCCCAGGCCAAAUAGAGGAUUACGUCCAUCGCAUUGGUCGAACCGGUCGUGCCGGAGCGAAGGGAAGCGCCUAUUCCUUCUUUACUCCUGAUAAGUAUAAGUUAGCGAAAGAUCUUAUCGGUGUCCUUAGAGAGGCUGAGCAAGCGGUACCUCCAGAGUUGGAGAAGAUCGCUUCCCAGAGUAGUGGUGGGUAUGGCGGAUCAAGUAAUGGCAGAUGGGGAGGCUCUCGAGGUGGCGGAGGAUAUCGUGGUGGCAACGGAGGUGGGCAUAUAGGGAAGGGUCUUCAUACCUCAUCUCACAUCAGU